GGGGGAUUUCAGCAAUUUUUUACCGCACCUUCCAUGUGCCUUUUUCUCCUGACAAGUGUGCGAGCCACCAAGCCACCCAGCUCACCGCCGUCGCCAGCCCUCCGCUCAACACAGCAGCCACUAUGCCUCCCAAGUUUGACCCCAACGAGGUUGCCUACCUCUACAUGCGCGCUGUUGGUGGCGAGGUUGGUGCCACCUCCUCUCUUGCGCCCAAGCUCGGUCCUCUUGGUCUCUCCCCCAAGAAGGUCGGUGAUGACAUCGCCAAGGCCACCAAGGACUGGAAGGGUCUUCGCGUCACCGUCAAGCUGACCAUCCAGAACAGAAAAGCCACCGUCGCCAUGGUGCCCACCGCCUCUGCUCUUGUGAUCAAGGCCCUCAAGGAGCCUGUCCGCGACCGCAAGAAGGAGAAGAACAUCGCACACGACGGCAACAUCACAUACGACGACGUCUACGAGGUCGCUAAGAUCAUGCGCCCCCGCUCCAUGGCGAGGAAGAUGUCCGGUACCGUCAAGGAGAUCCUUGGCACUGCACAGAGCGUUGGCUGCACUGUUGACGGUCGCCACCCUCACGACCUCAUCGAGGACAUUGACUCUGGUGCGCUUGUUGUGGAGGACUAUGAUGCCCCCAAGGAGGAGGAGGCCAACUAAACCUGUGCUGCAUGCUCCUGCUUCUCGUUUCUAGAGUUGCGCCUCUUGUGGCCUUGUUUUGUUGAAGGUGAAUUGGGUCCGUGUCUGAAGCACAAAAAGUACAACAAACAAAUGGAAA